AUGCCACUCUACUCAAAGUUUCUGAAGGAUAUGCUAACCAAGAAGAGAAAAUAUAUCCAUAGUGAUAAUAUUGUGGUGGAAGGAAAUUGCAGUGUUGUGAGUCAAAGAAUCCUUCCACCUAAAUACAAGGAUCCAGGGAGUGUCACAAUCUCUUGCUCUUUUGGUGCAGUGUCAGUUGGAAAAGCUCUCAUUGACUUGGGGGCCAGCAUAAAUUUGAUGUCAUUAUCCAUGUGUAGGAGGAUUGGAGAAUUGGAGAUUAUGCAAACUAGAAUGACACUACAGCUGGUAGACAUAUCGAUUACAAGGCCAUAUGGAGUGAUUGAAAAUGUUUUGGUCAAGGUGCAGCACUUUACCUUCCCUGCGGAUUUUGUUGUCAUGGACAUUGAAGAGGAUUAUGAAAUCCCUUUAAUUUUGGGUCGUCCCUUCAUGUUAACCGCCAAUUGUUUGGUGCAUAUAGGGAAAGGUAAAAUGGAAAUGGGUGUAGAUGAUCAAAAGAUCAAAUUUGAUUUGUUUGAUGCAGAAAAGCACUUACUUGAUCGGAACAUCUGUUCUAAGAUGGAGAAAAUUAAGAAAGAGAUGGUUCUGAUGGCCAGAGCCAAGCUUGCUCCAGACCCAUAA